AGGGGAGACCACAGACCAUCCAUCUUUCCGAUUUUUACCAAACUUCUUCCUCCAUAACUGCCGGUCUGCUUCUUUGCUUCAGAUCGACCUAACGAUUAUUUCCAAACAAAACCAAAGCCCAUCACUUUACCCAGAGGACAAUCAUCGCCAUGGCUGAGCCCAUCAAGAACAAGCGGCCCGACCCCGCUGCCCCUACUCCCCAGAACACACCAGCGAAUGCGGCUCCCAUCUCAUCGCACGCCCAACAGCCGGGCAUUUCAAGCAUCAAGGAGGAGGAUUUGACCGCUGCCUCCAUUUUCGCCAAGGAUCCCCGUUUUGUCUCUUUGAUCCAGGGCCGUCUCGGCUCGCUUGUCGGCCGCUCGUCUGGCUACAUCGAGUCGCUUCCCGCUGAGGUCAAGCGCCGCGUCGCGGGCUUGAAGGGCAUUCAAAAGGAGCAUUCCAAGCUCGAGGCCGAGUUCCAGGAAGAGGUCCUGCAGCUCGAGAAGAAGUAUUUCGCCAAGUUCACUCCUCUGUACGAGCAGCGCGCUGCUAUCGUAAACGGCAAGACCGAGCCCACUGAGGAGCAGGUCAAGGCCGGUGAGGAGAAUGCGGAAGAGGAGGAAGGCGCCGCCGUUAAGGAAGAGAAGCCCGCUGAGAAUGCCGCCGAGAAGGUGUCGGGCAUUCCUGAGUUCUGGCUCUCGGCUAUGAAGAACCAGAUCUCCCUGGCUGAGAUGAUCACCGACCGGGAUGAGGGCGCCCUCAAGUCCCUCGUCGAUAUCCGGAUGGAGUACCUCGAUAAGCCUGGCUUCCGCCUCAUUUUCGAAUUCGCCGAGAACGAGUACUUCACCAACAAGACCAUCACCAAGACCUACUACUACCAGAACGAGAGCGGCUAUGGCGGUGACUUCAUCUACGAUCACGCUGAAGGUGACAAGAUCGACUGGAAGCCUGGCAUGGACUUGACUGUGCGCAUUGAGCAGAAGAAGCAGCGGAACAAGACGACCAAGCAAACCCGCAUUGUCAAGAAGACUGUUCCCACCGAGUCCUUCUUCAAUUUCUUCUCGCCUCCCAAGGCGCCGUCCGAUGAGGACGACGAUGCCGCCUCCGAUAUUGAAGAGCGUCUGGAGCUCGACUAUCAACUCGGAGAGGAUAUUAAGGAGAAGCUGAUACCCCGAGCGAUUGACUGGUUCACGGGCGAGGCGCUUGCUUUUGAGGAGAUUGACGAGGAUGAUAUGGAGGAGUUCGAUGACGAUAAGGAUGAGGAUGAGGAUGACGACGCCAGCGAGGAUCAUGAUGACGAGGAUGAGUCCGAGGAGGAAGAGGAGGAUGGUACCAAGCCCAAGCAGGAGCCUACCGAGUGCAAGCAGAGUUAGAUGGCUUGCUCUUCCCCACGACGAUUUCCCAUUCCUCUUAAUUAAUCAGGGCAUCAAGUCCACAAACCCUUUAUCUGGGCCACGUAAACAUAUGCGCCCCCCCUUAUUCCACACAAAAGCUCAAGGACAGUCGCCCUCGCUGGAAGGGCAGAUGCCGUGCUGUACCUGCGGGUAUGGGGGCAACAGAUUCUAAUAUGAGAAGGACGUCUUUUGGGAGCAUGCCCAUGUGUAACGGGGUUGGUUGUUUUUUCCACAUCGAGCUAUUCGAGGGAGUUUGAUCUUUGUGCCGUGCUUUGCGAGGUCCCCAGCGAUGGCAUAGACGGUAUAAAAAAGAGACUGCACAGGAGCAUGACAAGUGUCUGCUAGGAGGGAUAUUUCGGGUAUGGGAGCAGCGGUAGCAGUGCUGAGGAUUCAAUCACAGUGUUCAGAGCAGAGCAUUACACGAGUUUUUACCCCCCAGCCAUCUGGCCUGUGCAAAGUAGUGACUCCGGGAUCGGGGCUUGGACCCAGCGCUCCGGUUCGGAGCGCUCAAACGAACGUGCCUCUUGUCAAGAAACGUGCACGUUUUGCACCCAGUUGUGAUUCCAGGGGUGGAAUUUGGUGACUCACGUCCCAGCAACACGGGCACUGGUUGUACAGCAGGUCCCAAAUCGACCACAAGCACCAAUCGCAUUUUGGUGGACUUAACACGUCUUGGGGAGUAAUGCAGCUUGUUUUGUAGCUAGCUGGCCCUUUUCAACGCUGCCGAGUAGCUGAAAGCUGG